UGUUUUCGCAGAUGAACGAUUCGGUGCAAUGUGAUUUGUGAGCCGCGCUGAGUUGCUGUAAAAUCACCCGAAGACGUUUCGAAAGCUUUUUUCUUCAGGAAAAGGAAUUUAGACUGAUGAACUCGACGUUUAUCUACAGUGUUAUCCCUUGCCGGAGUUUGAAGUGUGCGUGCGUCCCUGUAGAGUAUUAUUGGAGGGACGGAAAGGGAGGUGCAUUGGGGUGCAAGUCGUGUGCACCGGCACCAGCUGAUUGGAGAGUGUCUCGGCUCGGCUCUGGCUGCGUUGAGCCUACGCAUGCCUGCUUUUACCAGGAAGCAUGAUCACCUGAUCCGCCCGUCGCCACAGUGGAUGCAUUGCAACUACCUGUGAUACGCCAUUUGAUCAUUGUCGAGUUCUGUCGGACUUACAUGAAUGGUGCUCAGGUGCCCCAGCAGUGCAUAGUUCGAUAAAUGGGAGAGAAAGGAACCGCCCGAGACGCGUACCGCGUUGAAGCUGUGUUCUGCGAGCGAUUUCCUUCCCUAUUGUGCAUCGUUUAGUCGCACUUGUUGCUCUCCGUACUGAAUAUUCUAUUCGAAUGAUCUAAAAGUUCUUCAUCCGUUUCUAUCGCAGGCUGAAAUUCUUCGCACGUCGCGAAGUUUGUUGAUACUGUUGCCGAGAUCGAGUCGAGUUCGGUGAGUGUUGAGCCAGUUUCGCUCCGGUGCUUUGCUUUUGUCCUGCUUGACCGAUACCCGGUUGUUCGCAGGAUCCGCGUGUGCUCUCGAGUGCUUUGAUACUUUUCAAGAUAUUCAUCGUUUCCACUUGAACGAAAGCCCUUUUUAAACAUGUUGCGUUUGACACGUUCUUUUCUUCAGUCUCCCUUGAGGGCUUCCACGGAAAUUCUACAGACUAUUCGAAGCAUGUCGUCAGUUGGACAAGCGAUCCCAGAUGCAACCCUUUUCGAGAACAGUCCAGGGAAUAAGGUGAAUGUGAAGGAACUAUGCAAGGGCAAGAAAGCUAUCAUCUUUGGAGUUCCUGGCGCAUUUACCCCCGGUUGUUCUAAGACUCAUCUCCCGGGAUACGUAAAAGGACAUGAUGCGCUCGUGGCGAAAGGCAUUAAGGAAGUCAUCUGCGUGGCAGUGAACGAUCCAUUCGUCAUGGAAGCCUGGGGAAAGGAGCACGGUGCAGAUGGGAAGGUUCGCAUGUUGGCUGACACUCAGGGGAAGUUCACGAAAGCUCUUGGACUUGAUUUGGAUAUGUCGGAAGUCUUAGGAAACGUUCGCUGCAAGAGAUUUUCCAUGGUUGUGGACGAUGGCAUCAUCAAAGAGCUCAACGUCGAGCCGGACGGGACGGGCUUGAGCUGUUCGUUGGCAGAACACAUUAAAGCCUAA